AUGCUUUUCUCACAAGACUUUCUCAUGCUUGUGGCAUUCGCCGCUGCUGGCGUUGUAGCUGCACCUGUUGCAGAGACUCAACCAGAAGCCAAAGCUGAAGCUUCUCCAGCGGAUUAUGGUGAUUAUGGUGACUACGGUGAUUACGGAAACUAUGGCACAUAUGACCACUACCCAUCAUCUUCCUCAUCGGCCACUCCUACACCAUCUCCUACAGGAUAUGGAAAAUACGCCAGCUACGGCAACUACAAAGACAAGAAAGUCAGGGAAGCUGCAUCAAAGCCUGCCCCAGUAGCAAAGAGUGACGAUUAUGGAAACUAUGGAGACUAUGGUGACUACGGAGACUACGGUAACUACGAAAACUACCCAACAGCCACCUCUUCAAGCUCUUCGUCUGCUACACCAACACCAACACCAACUCCAACUCCAACUCCAACUGGUUAUGGUUCAUACGCAAAAUACGGAACAUACAAGAACAAGAAAGCACGUGCUCCAGAAGCCAAGCCAGAAGACUACGGAAACUACGGUGAUUACGGUGACUACGGCAACUACGAAAACUACCCAUCCGCCACCUCCACCACACCAACUCCAACCCCCACCCCAACUGGCUACGGUUCAUAUGCCGAAUACGGUACCUACAAGCGUGAAGCUGCUCCCGUUGACGCUUAA